GCAGAAAGCUUGUCUGGGACCUUAAGUCACUGAACUUCUGUCUAUCAGUUAGUCUCUAGCUCACAUAAGACUUUAACAUUGUCUAGAAACUGUCACUUCUGCAUCUGGGUCAAAGGCUGGUGGGACGAGGUGACUGUCUCCAGUUAGGCUGACAGGCUUCCCAGUGUUGGGCCCAAGGCCAGUGUGUUUUAGUAGAGCAGCUGGUACUGUUCUUAAGAUGGCUUCCAAAAAUGGCAUUCAAGUUCCAGUACAGUGAAUGGGUUCCCAGUCAGUUUUGUUUUUUUUUCCUGUGAGUUCCUAUGCUGUGCUCUUCCAUUUCAAACAGAUGUGUUUGUUAGUGACUGAAGCUUUUAUAAGUAUUUAGGCUGGAUUUUGCUUCUGCUUGGUGAGCUCUAAUUAUACUUUUCCCUGUUUUUAUAAUAUCUGUAUCUAAACAUCUCGAAAGCUUUUAUUGUGCAGUUUCACAGACCCAGAGUUCUGACAGUUUUUGGAAGAAGGAUGUCAAUGGGUAUGAUGCAUGAGAACUGUGACAUCACACUCUGCUCAGCCCUGGGCAGGAGAGGCUGCAGUGGGAGCAGAUGAGAAGCUGUGAGCCGGCCUCAGAGUGUGACAAUGGAGCCUCCAGACAAUGUUCUGAGCUGCUUCAAGACUUUGCUUGAGGGUGUGAGCAGAGCUGUCAUUAAACAGAAACCAAAAGACAUUGCUGGGUUUUUAGCUUCUUAUUUCCAAGAGUUCAUUGACUUCCAAAAAGAGAAUCCAGAUUUGGUUUUAACAGAAGUGGUGGAAAAAUUUGAUCUUAAGCAGGAAACUUGGAAUGGGGAUCUGGAAGAGAAGACAUCAAAUCAUGAGGCUUUGCUUUUUACUGAGUCCCAGAGAAAGGAAUCGUGUACUGACAGAGAGGAAGAUGAUCAUCUUGAAGACCUCACUUCACGUAGCUCCAGAGUAACUCUGUGCCCAUCACCAACCAGUUCUGUUCCAGAAAGCAUGCACCCCACUGGACCUGACAGAGCUUUAUCCCCUGAAGGAUCUGAAGUUGAGUAUGUGCCUUCUGAACCUGCCCAUCUCCCUGCCCAGGUGGAAGAUAGUGGUUCUGUUUGUCUUGUGAGGGAUGUGGCAACCACUGCGCAGACUCUUCAGGAAGAUGUUUCUGCUGCCUCGGCAGCUGAGGCUUCUAGGUCACAACUAGGAGUGCAGCCUUGGUCUUCCAUGAGUGGAGGACUAGGACCCUCCAACACCCAGGUCCUUGUUUUAACAACUGAUACAAAUCAGGUUUCCUCAGUCCACCUACAGGAAGGACUCUCAUCUCUUCUACCACCACCACCUUCUAAAGAAGAGUUGCAGGCUGUGCCUUCCUGUAGUGCAGCUAAGGUCAUUUCAACCAUUGAUAAACUGAUAAUGGAUGCAGAGGUUCCUUCCUACACACAGCAGUUUCCAGAUAAAAUAAUCCUUUCCUUUAGUGGACAAGCUCUUUCUUCUGUAAAGCUGUCAUUAAACGCAGGCCAGGUCUCAUGGCUGAUCGCUAAUGAUGCAGUGUUCCAGCCUGAGCAGAUGGAAGGCAUAGCACCGAUGGAAGCAGCUGAGCAAGCUUGUUGCUUCAGAGUGGAAUGUUCCAUUAUGGAUGGCAUGCUGAAGAACUGACACAACAGCUCUCAAAAUCACUUAACAGCUGGGCAACUUUGAGGGUAAGACUUGAAAUGCUGGCCACAGUGAAGACCUGAGUGCAGAAGUGAUGAGGUAUCCAAUUUUUGCCCUCACCAUAAGAACCAGGCAACGCGCAGCCAAAAAAAAGCAUUUCUCCUCAUCUGUGCAGAUGGCUCCAGUACCACUGCCCUACCUGGGUAAUUCUAGUUGCACACAGAAUAAAAACAGAAAGCAUCUCCCUGCCUUUGUAGCUGUUCCACUAGUCCACGUUCAAGGCUUGAGCAGUGGGCUCACUGCACGCUCAGAAUGAAUGCUUUGCCCCAGCUCCUGGCGCCA